AUGUUAUGGAAGCCGCCAUUUUGUACGGAAGCCAAAAUCCAAUCAUUUCCUUAGCAAGCAAUCGAAAGAAGAUGGCCGCUCCCAUGUUUGUGGGGGAGGUCUGCAGUGGGGAGGGGCAGAGGAAAUUCGGUCGCAAAUGAGAUAAACUUGAAGGAAAUAAAAUUGGCACGAAGGCUAGGAAACUAGUUUCCUUAAAGGAGUCUUAGAAAUAGGGUUGGUGUGGAGCCUAAGGGGCGGAGCCGACGCGUAGAGCCGCUUUGCGCGUGCGCAGCACCUAGGCGGUUAGAUUUGAAUACUUCGCUGAGGCGAGCCGGGCGUUGUGUGGUGACGGCUGGAGGCGGCGCUGAGUUUCCGCUCUGAGGAGCGUGUGGACCCCAAACCUGCGCAAAAUUUGUCGAGCAAGUGGGCCACGGCAGAAAGGUUUUCUUCAAAAAUGGAUGGGGCAUCUUCAGAGGCUAAUGAAGAAAAUGACAAUAUAGAGAGACCUGUUAGAAGACGGCAUUCUUCAAUUUUGAAACCCCCAAGGAGUCCUCUUCAGGACCUCAGAGGUGGGAAUGAAACAGUUCAGGAAUCCAAUGCUUUGAGAAAUAAGAAAAACUCUCGUCGAGUCAGCUUUGCAGAUACUAUAAAGGUAUUCCAGACAGAGUCUCAUAUGAAAAUAGAGAGAAAGUCAGAAAUGGCAGAAACAGAAGCAGGAGAAAAUCUUCUUUUGAUACAGAAUAAGAAAUUAGAAGAUAAUUACUGUGAAAUUACUGGGAUGAACACAUUGCUUUCUGCUCCCAUUCAUACCCAGAUGCAACAGAAGGAGUUUUCAAUUAUAGAACAUAACCAUGAAAGGAGACAUGCAAAUGACCAGACUGUCAUCUUUUCAGAUGAAAACCAGAUGGACCUGACAUCAAGUCAUACUGUAAUGAUUACCAAAGGCCUUUUAGAUAAUCCCAAAAGUGAAAAGUCCACCAAGAUAGAUACCACAUCAUUUCUAGCUAAUUUAAAGCUUCACACUGAGGACUCAAGAAUGAAAAAAGAAGUAAAUUUUUCCAUGGAUCAAAGCACUUCCUCAGAAAAUAAAAUAAAUUUCAAUGAUUUCAUAAAGAGAUUGAAAACAGGAAAAUGUAAUGCUUUUCCUAAUGGGCCUGAUAAAGAAAAUUUUGAGAUACCUGUUUAUUCCAAUGAAUCAAAUAGUGCCUCUUCUAUACAUCAAAUGCAUAUAUCUCUUAAUAAAGAUGAGAAUAACAGUAAUGUUACUAGAAUCUUUAGAGAAAAAGAUGAUGGGAUGAAUUUCACCCAGUGUCAUACAGCCAAUAUUCAGACAUUGAUUCCCACAUCCAGUGAGACCAACUCACGGGAAUCUAAAGGUAAUGAUAUUACAAUUUAUGGCAAUGACUUUAUGGACUUGACAUUUAACCACACUAUACAGAUUUUACCUGCAACAAAUAAUUUUUCUGAAAUAGAAAAUCAAACUCAGAAUGCCAUGGAUGUAACAACAGGUUAUGGAACUAAAGCUUCAGGAAGUAAAAUAAAUUUUAAGAGUAAACAAAAUGCUGCUUUUCAAGACCCUUCCAUAAACCCUGCAGACAAAAUACAUAUUACCGGAAGUCAUAUGGGGGCAGAAACUCACAUAGUCUCACAGACUUGUAAUCAAGAUGCCAGAAUAUUAGCCAUGACCCCAGAAUCUGUAUGUUCUAAUCCACGUAUUCAAGGUUGUAAGACAGUUUUCUAUUCUAGUUGUAAUGAUGCCAUGGAAAUGACCAAAUGUCUCUCAAAUAUGAGAGAGGAGAAAAAUUUGCUAAAGCAUGACAGUAAUUAUUCUAAAAUGUAUUGCAAUCCAGAUGCUAUGUCUUGUCUCACAGAGAAAACUAUGUAUUCCGGAGAGGAGAACAUGGACAUUACCAAGAGUCAUACAGUUGCAAUAGAUAAUCAGAUUUUUAAACAAGAUCAAUCAAAUGUGCAAAUAGCAGCUGUACCAACACCUGAAAAAGAAAUGAUGCUCCAAAAUCAUAUGACCACAUCAGAAGAUGGGAAAAUGAAUGUAAAUUGUAACUCACUUCCUCAUAUAUCUAAGGAAAGAAUACAGCAGAGCCUGUCAAAUCCUUUAUCUAUUUCAUUGACUGAUAGAAAGACUGAACUCUUAGCAGGUGAAGAUAUGGAUUUGACUGAAAGUCACACAAGUAACUUAGGAAGUCAAGUUCCUCUUGCAACUUAUAAUCUAGCACCGGAGAAUACCAGUGAAUCUCACUCUCACAACAAAAGCUCUUCAGAUGAAUGUGAAGAAAUGACCAAAAGUCAUAAUGAACCAUUUCAACGGCCAGACAUGAUAACCAAAAACAGCUUAACUGAUAUCUGGAACAAAGACAAAGAUCGGGUUUUGAAGGUUUUGCUCUACCUUGAUAAAGAUUCUCCUCAGUCAGCUGAUUGUAAUCAGGAGAUAGCAACAAGCCAUAAUGUAGUCUACUGUGGUGGAGUUCUUGAUAAACAAGUAGCUAAUAGAAAUACAGUUUCAUGUGAACAAUCUUUGUUUUCUACCACAAAGCCAUUAUUUUCAUCAGGACAAUCCUCUAUGAAAAAUCAUGAUACUACUGUAAGUAGUCAUACAGUGAAAUCUGUACUAGGCCACAAUUCUAAACUGGCUGGGCCACUGAGGAAAGGUUUAAGCAAUCCCACACCUGACUGUUGCCAUGACAAGACGAUUAUAUGUUCAGAGGAAGAGCAAAAUAUGGAUCUAACAAAGAGCCACACCGUUGUCAUUGGAUUUGGUCCUUCUGAACUACAAGAACUUGGUAAAACUAAUUUAGAACACACUACUAACCAGCUAACAACAACGAGCAGGCAGAUAGCUGUGAAAGUUGAAAAAUGUGGUAAAAGUCCCACAGAAAAAAGUGGAGUACUUAAAUCUAACUGUAUUAUGGAUGUGUUAGAGGACGAAAGUAUACAGAAACCUAAAUUUCCAAAGGAAAAGCAAAAUGUCAGAAUUUGGGGAAGGAAAAGUGUUGGCGGACCAAAAAUUGAUAAGACUAUUAUAUUUUCAGAAGAUGUUAAGAAUGAUACGGAUAUCACUAAGAGUUAUACAGUAGAAAUAAACCAUAGACCUUUAUUAGAGAAACACGAUUGUCAUUUGGUGCCAUUGGCAGGAACUUCUGAAACUAUUUUAUAUACAUGUGGGCAGGAUGACAUGGAGAUCACUAGAAGUCACACAACUGCCUUAGAAUGUAAAACUGUCUCACCAGAUGAAAUAACUACUAGGCCUAUGGACAAAACUGUAGUGUUUGUAGAUAAUCAUGAUGAACUAGAAAUGACAAAGUCCCGUACUGUUUUCAUUGAUUACCAAGAACAGGAAAGAACAGACCGACCUAACUUUGAACUAUCCCAAAGGAAAAGCCUAGGAACACCAAAAGUGAUAUGUACUCCUACUGAGGAGAGUGUUUUCUUUCCAGAAAAUGGUGAAAGUGACCGUCUAGUAGCAAAUGACAGCCAGCUAACACCUCUGGAGGAAUGGUCUAAUAAUAGGGGCCCUGUAGAGGUAGCUGAUAACACGGAAUUGUCUAAAUCAGCCACUUGGAAAAACAUCAAAGCUGUACAAAAUUCUGGAUUUCUCAAUGAACCUCUAUCAGGCAAAAGUCAGAGAAGAAAAAGCCUUAAGCUAAAAAAUGACAAGACGAUUGUAUUUUCAGAGAAUGAUAAAAAUGAUAUGGAUAUUACCCAGAGUUGUAUGGUGGCAAUAGGUAACAAAAGUGCCCUGGAGAAUAAAGAGGACUUCCAUUUGGUGCCUUUUGCAGGGGCUUCUAAAACUAUUUUGUAUUCAUGUGGGCAGGAUGACAUGGAGGUCACUAGGAGUCACACAACUGCCUUAGAAUGUAAAACUGUCCCGUCAAAUGAAAUAGCUGUUAGGCCCUUGGACAAAACUCUGUUAUUCACAGAUAAUUACAAUGAUCUGGAAGUCACCAAUUCUGAUACUGUUUUCAUUGACUGUCAAGCCGCAGAGAAAAUACCUGAAGAGAACCCUAAAUUUGGAAUAGCAAAAGGAAAAAACUUGGGUGUUUCCUUUCCUAAGGAUAAUAGCUGUGUUCAAGAAAUUGCUGGAAAACAAGCACUGGCUGUAGGAAACAAAAUUGUUCACAGUGAGCAAAAGCAACAACUCUUUGCUUCUACUAAUAAAACUAAUGAAAUCGUCAAAUUCCAUAAUGCUGCUAUGGAUGAAAAGGUCAUAGGGAAAGUUGUAGAACAGGCCUGUACAUUGGAAAAAGCCCAAAUUGAAAGCUGUCGGUUAAAUAAUAGAGAUAGAAGAAAUGUGGGCUUUACAAGCAGUCAUGCAACUGCUAUUUGUGGAUCCAGUGAUAAUUAUUCCUGUUUACCAAAUGUUAUUUCCUAUACUGAUAUUUUGGAGGGUAGUGCCAUGCCCUUAUGUGAUAAAGAUGAGGAAAAAGCCAAUAAUUGCCCAGUGCAAAAUGACCGUGCUUAUGCAAAUGAUUUUGCCAGUGAAUAUUACUUGGAAUCUGAGGGACAGCAUCUCUCUGCUCCUUGUCCUUUGUUAAAGAAGGAAGAAGUUAUUCAAACCAGUAACAAAGGACAGUUAGACUGUGUCAUAACACUGCACAAAGAUCAAGAUCUGAUUAAGGAGCCACGAAAUCUAUUGGCUAAUCAAACUUUAGUAUAUAGUCAGGAUCUGGGGGAGAUGACUAAACUUAAUUCAAAGCGAAUAUCUUUUAAGCUUCAAAAGGAUCAAAUGAAAGUCUUUGUUGAUGAUAUUUGUGUUAUUUCUCAGCCUCAUUUCUCAACUGACCAACCUCCAUUACCUAAAAAAGGACAGAGUAGUAUCAAUAAAGAUGAAGUGAUACUGUCUAAAGCUGAAAAUAAGAGUUUAAAUAUUAUAGGAAAUUCCUCUGCACCCAUAUGUGAAAAGCCCAAAAUGCUCAAUAAUGAGAAGUGGUUUGCUGCAGCCUGUAAAAAAGAACUGAAGGAAAAUAUUCGAACAACUAACUAUAAUACAGCUCUGGAUUUCCACAGUAACUCAGACUUAACUAAGCAAGUCAUACAAACUCAUGUCAAUGCUGAAGAAGCACCAGAUCCUGUAAUUACAUCUAAUGUUCCAUGUUUUCAUAGUAUCAAACCAAAUCUGAAUAAUUUGAAUGGAAAAACUGAAGAGUUCUUAGCUUUUCAAACUGUUCAUAUACCACCCCUUCCAAAGCAAUUACUUGAAUUAGGAAAUAAGGCACACAAUGAUAUGAGUAUAGUGCAAGCUACAGAAAUACGUAAUAUUAACAUAAUCUCCAGCAAUGCUAAAGAUAGUAGAGAUGAAGAAAAUAAAAAGUCUCAUAAUGGAGCUGAAACCACCUGUCUACCAUCAAAGACAAUUUUUAAAGAUAAAGUAAGGAGAUGUUCUUUAGGAAUCUUUUUGCCUAGAUUGCCAAACAAGAGAAAUUGUAGUGUCACUGGUAUUGAUGACCUGGAACAGAUUCCAGCAGACACAACUGAUUUAAAUCACUUAGAAAUUCAGCCAGUCUCCAGCAAAGAUUCAGGCAUUGGAUCUGUUGCAGCUAAAGUGAACCUAAGUCCUUCUCAAUAUAUAAAUGAGGAAAAUCUUCCUAUAUAUCCUGAUGAGAUCAAUUCUUCAGACUCUAUUAACAUAGAAACUGAGGAAAAGGCUUUGAUUGAGACAUACCAAAAAGAUAUUUCACCAUAUGAAAAUAAAAUGGAAAAAACUUGCAAUAGCCAAAAAAGAAUGUGGGUACAAGAAGAAGAAGAUAUUCAUAAGGAGAAAAAAAUCAGAAAAAAUGAGAUUAACUUUAGUGAUACUACACAAGAUCGGGAGAUUUUUGAUCACCAUGCUGAAGAGGAUAUAGAUAAAAGUGCUAACAGCGUAUUGACAAAAAACCUGAGCAGGACCCCAUCUAGUUGCAGCAGCUCUCUGGAUUCAGUCAAGGCUGAUGGGACCUGUCUGGACUUCAGCACUUACCGCAGUAGUCAAAUGGAAUCACAGUUUCUCAGAGAUACUAUUUGUGAAGAGAGCUUGAGGGAGAAACUCCAAGAUGGGAGAAUAACAAUAAGGGAGUUCUUUAUACUUCUCCAGGUCCACAUCUUGAUACAGAAACCCCGACAGAGCAAUCUCCCAGGCAAUUUUACUAUAAACACACCACCUACUCCAGAAGACCUGAUGUUAAGUCAAUAUGUUUACCGACCCAAGAUACAGAUUUAUAGAGAAGAUUGUGAGGCUCGUCGCCAAAAGAUUGAAGAAUUAAAGCUUUCUGCAUUGAACCAAGAUAAGCUGUUGGCUGAUAUAAAUAAGAACCUGUGGGAAAAAAUGAGACACUGCUCUGACGACGAGCUGAAGGCCUUUGGAAUUUACCUUAACAAAAUAAAAUCACGUUUUACCAAGAUGACUAAAGUCUUCACUCACCAAGGAAAAGUGGCUCUGUAUGGCAAGCUGGUGCAGUCAGCUCAGAAUGAGAAGGAGAAACUUCAAAUAAAGAUAGAUGAGAUGGAUAAAAUACUUAAGAAGAUCGAUAACUGCCUUAGUGAGAUGGAAACAGAAACUAAGAAUUUGGAGGAUGAAGAGAAAGACAAUCCUGUGGACAAAUGGGAUUCUGAAAUGAGAGCUGCAGAGAAAGAAUUGGAACAGCUGAAAACUGAAGAAGAGGAGCUUCAAAGAAAUCUCUUAGAACUGGAGGUACAAAAAGAGCAGACCCUUGCUCAAAUAGACUUUAUGCAAAAACAAAGAAAUAGAACUGAAGAGCUGCUGGAUCAGUUGAGCUUGUCUGAGUGGGAUGUUGUUGAGUGGAGUGAUGAUCAAGCUGUAUUCACCUUUGUUUAUGACACAGUACAACUCACCAUCACCUUUGAAGAGUCAGUUGGUAAGGAGCCAAAGUGAGAGAAUUCCUUUACAAAAAAAUAAAUGGCUACACUCACUAAAGAUUCAAAUCUUUAUUUUACUAUACUGAUAACUGUUGACAUGAUGAGAGCACUGCUGAAAGUCUUAGAAGAGUCAAUCAUAAAUAAAAAUUUUGCUAUCAAAAUAAUGGAUAAA